AUGAGUACUUCGUCUCAAUCAGACAGCAUCGCCCCUGCCGCCGACUCCGCCGCUCAAACCGUCAACUCCCUCCUCCUCCGCACCUAUGCCCUGCUGCAAACACCUCUGUCCAUCCUGAAGCUUCACCAGGCUCUCAACGCCGCAGACCAGGCCCUCGCGAUAGCGGCGCACUUGCACCGCUUCGAUCUGGAGCCCCGCGCGUACUUGUACCGCGGCCAUGUCCUAAGUGCCUGGGGCCGCUGGCGCGAGGCCCACGCCGCCUACGUCCGGGCUGCUAGCGUGAGGGGGGUCGGAUUCACGGGAACGAAUAUCAGGGGUUUGACGAGGGAUUGUCUGACGAUGAUUGAGUUUGAAGAUGUGAGGCGUCAGAACAUGAGGCGCGCUCUGGAGAUUGAAGGCAAAGGCAAGGAUGGGUUAAAGAUGGUUCGAUUUAGGGACGAGGACAUGGUUCUCAAGGCUUUUUACGAUUAUGAUGAUGACGAUGAUACUAAUGACGACAUUGACGACGAUGAUGAGACGCAAUCCGAAGAGAGUCACAGUGGGCUCUAUCUUAUUUUGAACGGCAGCGGAGAAGUUGUCGGUAGCCGGGAGAGUCUGCCUGACCUGAGGAGUGCAUCUACAGUCCCUGACGAAGCCUCGCCGGAGUCGAAUUCAAAGCACACGACGACCUCAUCGCCAGCUCAGAGCCAGACUCCAUCUCCUAAAGAGAGGCGGGAGUCAUCAGACGAGCAGAAUGCCGGGCCCGGAAGAAUGAAGCCUUCUAGUGAGGCAGAUAUCAAACCUCAACUUGGUUCAAGUGCCCUCAGUUCCCUGCUCUCCGCACUCGACGACGAUAUCGUAUCACCCGCGCAACAGAAGCCCCCUGAUAUCUCAAAUGAUGGGGUCCCUCAGACACGCAAUACAUCACUAGCUGCAAUCGUUCCCGAUUCAGAUAUUGUCAGCCCCCUCGACCUCGCGUCGUCCGCCUCUCGUACACAGUUCCAGCCGUCGACGCCAACACCAACAGCCUCACGACCACCCAAGAAUAAGUCGGAAUCUGUGGAUGAGGGCUCUCGAGACGAUGAAUCUAGUCCGAGUCGUAAGGUUAGCGAGAAAACAGACGCUACCGCUGCUGAUCCUGCUCGCCUUCGACAGGAUCUCGGUCCUGAAGCCGGACUCCGAGCAGUCUCCAAUCGCCCCUUGUACUCUUUAUCGAUCGAAGAAGCCUUGGACUCGCAGUCGAUGAGUGCCGUACUCGGAAAAGCAAGCAAACCCUCUCCUCGAAGUUCUCUUCCGCUAGAGCCUGGCUCGAGUUACGACCCCACUGGUCAUGAUAAGGACAAUGGUGAAGGCGAUGAUAACCACCAUCCGUCGGCAGUCUUGCAGAAAGGGGAGUCCUUGGCGUCGAGGUCGGCCAGCCCAGAAAUCACCUCACCUGCAUCUGCGAGAGCUUUGACGCCCAGGGGGGAAGUGGCAGCGCGUGAGAGGGCCAAGAGAGAAAGAGAACGCAACGGCACUCAAAAAGUGAUGGACGAAAGACCGCCGUAUCCUGAGGAUCCCAUAGAAUUCCCAGCUCCAAGACGCUGUCGGCCAGAAUCCUCCCAACCAGUCGCGUCUCCUGGGAGGAGCCAUGUCCGAGACCGAGACGUGUCGCCUAUCUCACCGAUCAUUCAUACGCCUACGCCAACUAGACCCGGUGACAUACCGGGCUUCAUGAGAUCCAACGAGCCGGUCUCGCCCUCCACUCCCAUCCAGAGCCAACGGCAGCAUGGCUCCCGGUCCUCAUCGACAGACACCGUAGUCCAGCCCCCACCCCCCCUUCAUAACCCCCAACGCCGCCGUCCGCUCCCCGCCAGUCUAGGCGCAUACAACAACGAGCAAGACCGCUCCGGUCCGGGCUUCACCCUCCGCCGCAUCAAGGUGCCGCCCCCGGGCGCCCCAAAUCGCACACACAUCUUCAUCCGCUCACAACCCCUCCCUGGUGGCGAGGAGGAGCGCAGAAUGAUCAUCCAAGUCUGGAACGACACCUUCGCGACGAUGCCCCCCGAGUUCCAGACGAUGCUCUCGAGCCGUCUCCGGUACCCGCGCUACACCCGCGACGUGGCGGCCCGGCUCCGCAAGGAAGAGUUUGAAAAGGCGACGGGGGAGAGCAUGUCCUCGGACGACUACUACGCCCUCUUUGACCUCGAAACGUCCAACGACGGCAUGAUUUCCGCGCUGCUGGAGUGGAUGCAAGGGCGGACGUGGGUCAAGGUCCCGUUUGUGAACCGCAUCAUUCACCAGCUCUGCCGGCUCAUGUACACAUCUGCGCAGGAGGAGGCUCGGCUGCGGCUGACAUACAGGCAGGACAUGGAUGCCGUGAUGGAGAAGCUCGACGAGGUGGAGGUGAAGUGCGCGGCGGAGAGAAUGCAGAGGGCCUGGGAGCAGCUGGACGGGUCUGUGAGGAGGCAGCACAGGUUCAUCGGGCAGACACUCACGCGCAACGGCGAUCACUGGGGUCAUAUCCCGGGUGUGGUGGUGAUGAGUGGGUGCUCGAGGGACGCCAGGCGUUGGGAGGCGUUCCUCGAGACGGCGCGCGCGCUCGCCCUCGAUCACCGCAUGACUGAGGAGACCAUGGAGAACAGGAUCAACGAUAGCGAAGAGAUCCUACAACAAGAUCUCGAGCAGCUGAGCGGCGUCCUCAGAGACAUGGCGAAGAACAGCAGGGAAGUGAACGAGUAUGUUGGGGCCAGGCACCAAGGGGACCAGGUGCAACGGAUGUUCCAGAUCGACAACAAGGACCUGGUCGAUUCUCUCAGGAUCCUUGACGAUCAGGUCAAGCGUGACAAUGACGAUCGUAGGUCUGCCGUCAUGGCCUUUACCAAAAUCGCGACGCAGCGGUUGGAGGUGCGCCAGAGGUAUGCUAGCAGCCUGGACUACACCACGCAACAUACUCGCGAAUCUACUACGCUCGCGCCAGGUUUCCAGCCGCAGCCGCCGCUUGGUAGACUCGAAAAUCAUCCGCUGCGUUCAGCUCCCAACGAAAUGAGACUCAGCGUUCCCGUGGCGAGCAUCCCAUCAGAGGCGUCAGCAUUCGAAACCACCUCACAGCAAGAAACCCCGCCUCCCCGUGAUGGUGUCAGAUUCGUCUUGAGUCCUAGAGGCAGCCAGGUCGUAGAGUUCAUGGACACGACGGUGCCUCCUGAGCCAAGCCCCGUCUUUACAGAUCCCUUUGCCAAAACCUGGGAAAACGUUGAUUUGGCAGCGGCAAGGCCAGAGUGCCUACGGUGUCUCACGCUGGAACGGGAGAUCAGCGCCAGACUUGCGGAAAUCAAGGACUAUUGCCGCAUACUCAAGUACAGAUUGGAUGAGAAACUGAAGCUCGAGAGUGCGCUAGAAGCCGUGAGUGAGCGCAAGAUCAGAGAAGCGAUGGAAGCCAUUCACAACUACAAGAAGCUCCUGGAUCGUCCAGAGGUGCCUGAGUCUCUGCAGUGCAUCGUGGACCUGGUGGAGAUGCAUGGCAAGCGAGUAUCCGACCAGGUCGGCUUGUUGAACAGGUCCCUUCAGCUGGGGCAAGCUGGCGAUUCGACGGAAAAGAUGCUGGCGGAAACGAGAACGACGAUUAGGUCUGUCAAGCGCCUGGCUGAUGCCAUCCUCGAGCUCAAAUCGCAGAUGACACUCUACCUCGAGAAACCCUUUGCCAAGACAGGCGGUCAAUCUAGCUCCAGCGAAAACGAGGCCCCAGAGAAUGAAAAACAAACCCGCUUGAUCAAGUCCCUGCAAAGACAAGUACAAGAGUUGUCAGAACGAACCAAGCGUACUCUAGAACAGCAGGCGACAGAGAAGCUUGAGCUAGCACGCAGGGUAGAGUCAUGCAUGAACGAGGAGAGCGAUCGCCUCAGAGAACAGGUUCGCACUUUCCAGAGCAAGCUCGAAGAUAUGCAGGCCGAGGCCCAAGAGCGGGAUUCAAAUACGGAACAGACCGUAUCGGACAGACUCAGAGAACUCAACAAGGAACGGGAGACGCAAGAGACAGAACUUCGCAAUCUCGAAGCCCAGAAUAACGCUCUGGAGGAGCAACGUCAAAAGACCACAAAUAAGCUCGCGGCUUUGGAGACGGCCAAGGAAGAGAGCCAAAACGAGCUAGCAGAACUUGCACGACAAACCCAAGAGCUUCAGAUUAAGCUUCAAGCUAAGAGCGAAGCGUUGAAUUGGACGUCGUACAUGACUGUUCCCAGGGCUAUGGAUGACGCCGGCUCUGAUGCUCAACGAACUGACAGAGGUUCUCAGCUGCGGACAGAGCUGAUGUCUGCGCUUGGCAAGGCACGGUCAGAAUCAUAUCGCAUAUUUGGAGACCAACAAACGAGGAAGACUCUGCCAGAUAUCAUACAGAGUGUCCUAUGGCCCGACACCAAAGCAAAGGAGGGCAUCAACGCUGAUGUGCCCAAUUUCUGGAGGCUAGCAGAUUUCGUGAGAAGGAGGAAGGAAAUCAUAGCAGCACUCGAACAGAGGGAUCCGCACAGCUUGCAGAGAGCAUUCAACUUGCUUGAAGUGCUCCACGAGUGGAAUAGCAACUUGGGUGCUUGGCAGACAGAAGCCCAAACAGCAGAGGUUUGGCGGUCCAUCAAUCUCCUUAGAUCAUACGCCAAUCUUGAGCUCGGGAAGAUCGAAGGGCUCGAUGCUAAUGCCUCAGAGAGGCGCAAGGUCGCUAGGGAGUUGUUCGAGCAAGCGGCGGCUUCUGAAGACGCAGGAGAGAUCAAGAAGCCGUGGACUUCCUUGCAGAACAGUCUGGAAGUACAGCUGAAUGAGAAUGCUGACGACGCUCCCGCUUGCGACUGCAAAUUUAAACCUCGCCUAUGUCCAAAGCACCAGACUGACGGUGGACUCAUGUUCCAUAACUUUAUGGAGUCAGACGGUUCAAGGCCGGCGGAGAUAGAGUUGACGCAGGAGGCGUCCGAGGUGCUUCAGCGAUUUGGAGAGACGUUCCAGGUAUCGUCGCCAGUGUAG